ACGAUAACUCGUACAUUCCAAAAAAAGACAUUGAACGUGUAAGCGGUGCGCGAAAUUGUAGCAUUUUUCAAAAUCAUUUGUCGAGUAUCACUCCGAUCGUGUCUUUUUAUUUUUCAAUUUCGAUACAUUUAUUUGUUCAAUUAUGACAAACUGCGAACGUUCUCCAGAGGUUUUGCCGAACGAAUAUGAAGCUACAUUUUUCGAGGACUUCGAAAUUGAUGGAAAAAAAUGGUCACUACCGGUUACGUGGAAAAAACAGGGAGAAGGUUUUCGUAAUUUCAAAGCGAAAUCAGAUGACGUUUGGGUCAUCACCCAGCCAAGAUCAGGUACGACUCUGACUCAAGAACUCGUUUGGUUGCUCGCCAAUAACAUGGACUUUGACAAUGCGAAGAAAUUCCAUUUGUUGCAUAGAUCGCCAGAAUUACCUGCCAGUUUAUUCCCCAAUUUGUGGAAAAAAUGUGAACUGUUACGUCCCAGUCAAGAGAAUCCAAAAGUCUUGGAAUCCGUCCCAGUUGACACGACUAAGAAUUCAUACGAGGUUUAUGUAGACUCACUGUCACCCAGAAUAUUCAAGACACAUCUUGCGUUGUCAGUGCAUAAAAAUAUAUUGGAUUCAGGUUGCAAAAUCGUCUACGUGGCGCGAAAUCCUAAAGACAAUUUAGUCUCUAAGGCACGAUUCGCUGCCGAUGGACCCAACCCCUUCUUCAAGAGCGGACUGAAGAAAUAUAUGGAAGAUUACAUCGAAACUGAUGGCUUGUUUUACGGUCCGUAUUGGCCGCACCUUAAGGAAGCCUGGGACCUCCGUGAGCAUCCGAACGUCCUAUUUUUAUUUUACGAAGAAAUGAGAAGCGAUUUACCAGGCUCGAUAAGGAAAGUCGCCAAAUUUUUAGGCAAGAAUUACAGUGACGAAGAAUUCGCGAAGCUUGAGGAGCACUUGAACAUCGAUAAUUUCCGAAAAAAUCCAAUGGUCAAUGAAUUACCGGGCUACGAAAAUGUACCGGCGUUCAUUGGUGCGGGACGAGUGGGUGGAUGGCGCGAGAUAAUGACACCAGAAUUCGAAGCUAAAAUCGAUCGCUGGAUUGAGCAUAACAUCGAGCGCACUGGUAUCGUAUUUCCGGACUUGAAAAGAUGUUAGCGAAGGAGAAAAAGGAUUCUUCGCCAAUGAAAAAUACUUUGUGAUUGAAUAAAAAGUAUUUCAUCACCAAAAUUCAUUGAACUGUA